AGAUCAUCCCUGCCUCGUCAUGAUUUGCCCAACAUGAUCCCUACGCACCUCAACUAUUUGCAUCCUCGUCUCACUUUCUCAUUCUUCAUUUUGUGCAGCCGCAUGGAGUGCUAGUGAAAAUUUUUAUUUGGUGUUGGCCUUAUUAAAAGUAGUUGUAGUUUCUGGAUCUGGUACUAACUCAUUCACUUCAUGUGUGACUGCAUUUCAAGACCGUAACGUCAGAGUCGGUAAAAAAAUCAGAUAAGAAAGUAUGCUAAAAAACAUCAUGCGUUUAAACAUCAUACGUUUUCUACGUACGCUGAAUUUCUACUCAUCUGACUUCGUUCAAGAACACUAAAUUUUUAGUGACCUAUUCACACUACAACUUCCUACCCUGUUAUUUUCUUUCUUUUAAUUGCAAACGAAAAUAGAAAAUGGUUGUAGAAGUUCGGAAGUCUGCCUCGGCUGCUGGUCUCGGCAUCUUCUGCAGUUCGUCGAACACGAUCGAAGAGGGCGACACGGUUUUCGAAGAUGUUCCGUUGUUUUCCCUGCAGCAUACCGCCAAUCGGCGAAUGUGCACUAACUGUGCGCACUGUGCGCGAUUUGUCGGCGGCCUACCAGCGCAGCUGGAAACCAUGUUCGCGCAGGAAGAACACUUCCAGCCGUUAUUAGAGAAAUUGAUGCCUUUUGUACCAAAGUGGCAACAAGGGAUUGAAGAGGUACUUCUAGAAUUCUCUAAAGAACUUUGUUGCUAUUUUUUUCCCCUGGUUCAUUCUAGUUUUCAUACCAAAAAGCUUUUAUUAUGCCGUUAACUUGAACAAGUUCAUCACUGUAGUAUUUUUCACGGAUCAUGCACCUUGAAACUAAAUCCCUCUUCACAUCAAGAAGUCGAACCAAUUCUACCAGAUGCAGCAGCGUGAACAAGGGUUGAGUUCACACUGUAGGACUAUGAAAAUGUCUUCGUCGAUGGUCCGUUGCGCCUGUGGCGAAGUGUACUGCAGCGAGGCUUGCCGUUUAGCCCACUGGCAACAUAGCCACGAGCUCCUCUGUGUGGCUAGCAAUGCGUCCUCCUCAUUAGUCGACUUCAAAAUGCAUGCAAUCGAGCACAUCGACACCAUGCUUCUCGUCGCUACGGUCUUCUCCCAUCUGAUACAGAGGGUCAAGCAAUCGAUAUUUGGUGCCGGAGCAGGAGGAUACCCUUCGUCGUCGUCUUCCUGUGCAAGUGCUAGAGGAGGAGGACAUGCAGAUGCAGUAGGAGGUGGUGGUGGAAAUGCGGAGAGCAUGCGCUCACUGAUGGAGGAACUCCUUGGCUACUGUGGCGACGAGUUUUUGAAAGUGUGCCGACCACCCCCAGGUCGGCCAAAGGAUGAAGAGUUCAUGGAGGAAACGAAGGCAAUCCUUUCAACCGGUUUCCAGAUGUUGAGGACCCAUUUCGCCGAGACAUUUAGCGCCAAUAAUGCGACAUCUUCAGGGUCAAGUAAAGAGGUCUUGUUGCUACAGCACGAACUAGAGGUUCUGUUUGCAAGCGAGGAGUUUUUUCUGCGAGUACUAGGGAUGUUCGAAGUGAAUAACCUGGAUUUGGAGGUGGAAAGUGAUAUCGGAAACUUCUUUGGAGCCUAUUUCGCAGCAAAUCCGGCUGUGAGCGCGGAAGAAAAAGAGGCCUACGAGAUGCUUCUCCGAGAACGCGAGCUGCUGAUGCGAUGCUUGUACGACGAUGAAAUGACCGGGAACUUCGAUGUUGAGGACGAUGACGAAGAAGAGGAGGACGAGGACGAGGAGGAUGUCGAUGUUGCAAGUGGUAAAAAUGGUGAUGACGUCGACGUCGAAGGAGGUGGCGCGACCAUGGAGGAUGUUGGGGUAAGAAAACUAGGAGCUUUCUGCUCUCAAAAUGCUGAUGAAGAUCUUAGUGUGAAGAUGAAUAAAGUAUCUUCGAUGUUUACGACUGCAUCGAAGAACUCUACUUCAUCUACUAAAGGAGGUGGUAUGACCAACAUGAUGAAUGAUGAUGGUUCAAGUAGUACUUCUAUCGAUGGAACUAGAAGUACAAUGAUGGAUGAUGAACAAGAAGGAGGUGGUGAUAAAGAGCAGUCAUCUAUUAACGGUGUAGAUGUUAAAGGUUCCUCGGAUCUUUUCGAUGAACAAGGUGCAGCGAAGAACAAUCUGAAAAUGACGCGCCGGGAUCCUAUCGAGAUUCGCCGUAGAAAUAUUGACGAUAACUUGUAUUUUACGGCUGGAGGUGCUAAGUAGUAGUAGUGCUCAAGAUGAGCAAGUACUUGUACUUAGAAGAUUCAUUGCGAUUGAUCGUUCACGAAGUUUAUCUCUAUCUACUUUACAGUAGUUUUUCUGUUUUUCAUUCGUUUCUAUUUAGUGCUACUACUAUAAACAAAGGGGGACUAAGAACUCUGUAUCAUCUGUUGAAAGGGAGGUAUCCUUCUACUAAAGGAAUCACCGUGAAAAGUUGAAGUUCUUCAGCUUCUAAGAAUUGUUGCGAGGUACCUUCCGACGAAAAUCCGAUCGCGGCGAUGAACGUUAUGGAGGAGCUGAACGGCGGUGCGGCGGCCGCUGCCGAGGCCUCGCGGACGGUUUUACGCGAAAUGCGAGCCGAAAUUGAACAAAUCCCAGUCGACUUGUUGCACGCAAUUUCGUCUUCCUCCUCGGCGGACGAAGUCACAAGACGGAAACUCGCAGAAGAGCAGGAGAAGCACAACGUGUGUGGAGCAGGGUGGCCGAGCUAUCACGGAACCGCCUUCUCAGCGAAGAUCGCCAGGUGUAACCACAAUUGCACGCCGAACAUGAAAUUUUUCUUCAACGGCGGGGACCAUCGCAUGCGCGCAAAGGCUCUCCGUCGCUUGGUGCCAGGCGAGGAGAUUUUUGUGUGCUACUGUGAAGACAGUGAUCCAGUUGAACGGAGGCAAAAAGCGCUCAGAGAAUACGGCUUCGAGUGUCGCUGUGACCGCUGUCUGCGCGAGAUGGCCACCAUGAACACGACGUCAAAAGCGACUAAGGCUCAGGCGCAGAAUGGGGGAGCAUGACGAGAAAAACAGGAGUUUUAUGCAAGAUUUCAAGUGGGUGCACAUGCGUGAUGUGUGCAAUUGCACCGGGACUCAAUGUGUAGGAUCCCUGAACCGAGUAACUUCGGCUAACUGCAUUAACCGAAAAGCAUUAUUGUAGCGCCUUCCGUGUGCCUUAUAAUUUUCGUUUAGUAUCCAAGUUUCAAGCAUAAGCCACCAGCUUCUUCAUGUGAGAACUCACAUUCUCUUCAUCUUGCAACGUUGAGGCAGACCGUUGACCGACUUACCCCACGACCUGCAUAGGUCAUCUAUGAUAGACGCCUUCAGAUGUUUUUCAUGAUCUGGCGCUCAUGGCGCCAAUGGAAGAAAACAUGUGAGAAAAAGUUCCCUCGC